CCGCACCAUUGGCAGCCCUCCCUGAGGCUACUGGAGAUGCUGCAAGACUGCUCAUACUGAGCCCUCCAUCAUCCGCUAAGAGAGACGAGAAGAAACGUCGAUAAUGCAAAAAUAUUCACCAUUCUAUAUUCAUUAAUCAAAUCGAUCCACGCCCGCUCUCCGCCAUGACUACUACUGCUACUGCUACCACCGCUGCGCGAGGCCAGGCCUCCAAGGCCGGCGUCAGGGCACCUCCCAUCCCACCCAACCAGACACUAUACGUUACCAACCUGCCGUCGUCCAAGAUAAAUAAAGCCGACUUGAAGACGUCGCUCUAUAUGUUGUUCUCGACCUACGGCCCUGUGCUGGACGUCGUGGCACUCAAGACGAUGAAAAUGCGCGGGCAAGCUCACAUCGUCUUCCGCGAUGUCCAUGCCGCGACGCAGGCAAUGAGGUCCUUGGAAGGAUUCAAGUUUCUCGGCAAAGAACUGCACAUUCAAUAUGCGAAAUCCAAGUCGGAUACGAUUGCGAAAUUGGAUGGCACAUACAAGCUCCCCGGAUCAGCCGCCGCCAAUGUCGAGAUGACCGAGACCCAGCAAAGCAUCUUCAACGCCCCGGCGCCCGGAUCGUCCGUUACCGCCGCCGCGACUACUUCCAGUACUACUACAGCGACCCCCCUCCUUCCAAACCUUCCCGUGAAACCGCUCCAAGCUCCGGACAGGGCCCCAGCUGGCGCAAAAAGCCCCGACACUCGUGGACAGAAGAGGCCCCGCGAUGAGGAAGAAGAGGAGGAGAGCGACGAAGACGUGGCGAUGGAGGAAGACAGUGAUGACGAAUGAGAGGCUCACUGGUAUUGACCGCCGAGGGGAUUCCCUUCGAACAGAGAGCCCUUUGGACCCGUCAUGCCAUUUCCCACGGCGUUUCUAGCCAUGCAGCGCGUUCAUGCUCCCUGGACCGUGGCCAUCUGCCUAGGAACCCAGAGCCCGACGCAUCCUCCCACCAAACCCAGCCAUACCAUGAGAUAGUCUUCUUUGGGGCAGUCAAAGCCGGUCAUGGCGUCCCCGAGAACACAUGGGUGGACGAAGAAGGAGGGAACUCCAGUGAGGGGGUGAUGCUGGAA